GGCGGCGGCUGAGCCGGGCGGGGCCGACUUCCAGGGCUGGCGGCUGGGCUGCGGUGGGGCAAGCGAGGCGCUGCGUAGCUGCGCUCUGCUUUGGCGACUCGGGGCUGGCAGAGCAGAGUCCGCGCGCCGGCCCCGGCGUCUGCGUUACGCGGCAGCGGCGACUAAGCGCUGGUGUCUCCAGCAUGACGGAGCUGAGGCAGAGGGUGGCCCGCGAGCCGGAAGCUCCGCCCGAGGACAAGGAGUCAGAGUCAGAAGCAAAGGCAGAUGGAGAGACUGCAUCGGACAGUGAAAGCAGAGUGGAAGCUGUCACCCAACCACCCUCUGCAGAUGAUACGCCAGAGGUUCUCAACAGGGCCCUUUCCAACUUGUCUUCAAGAUGGAAGAACUGGUGGGUGAGAGGCAUCUUGACUUUGGCGAUGAUUGCAUUUUUCUUCAUUAUCAUUUACUUGGGACCAAUGGUUUUAAUGAUGAUUGUGAUGUGUGUUCAGAUUAAGUGUUUCCAUGAGAUUAUCACUAUUGGCUACAAUGUGUACCACUCCUAUGACCUGCCUUGGUUCAGAACCCUCAGCUGGUACUUUCUGCUGUGUGUAAAUUAUUUCUUCUAUGGUGAAACAGUGACAGAUUACUUCUUCACUCUGGUCCAGAGAGAGGAGCCUCUGCGGAUUCUCAGUAAAUACCACCGAUUCAUUUCCUUUACUCUCUAUUUAACAGGAUUCUGCAUGUUUGUGCUGAGUCUGGUCAAGAAGCAUUAUCGAUUGCAGUUCUACAUGUUUGGCUGGACCCAUGUAACAUUACUGAUUGUUGUAACACAGUCACAUCUUGUUAUCCACAACCUAUUUGAAGGAAUGAUCUGGUUCAUUGUCCCCAUUUCUUGUGUGAUCUGUAAUGACAUCAUGGCCUAUAUGUUUGGCUUCUUCUUUGGUCGGACCCCACUCAUCAAGCUGUCCCCGAAGAAGACCUGGGAAGGCUUCAUUGGGGGCUUCUUUGCUACUGUGGUCUUUGGCCUUCUGCUGUCCUAUGUGAUGUCUGGGUACAGAUGUUUUGUCUGCCCUGUGGAGUACAACAAUGAUACCAACAGCUUCACUGUGGACUGUGAGCCCUCGGGCCUGUUUCGGCUGCAGGAGUACAACAUUCCUGGGGUGAUCCAAUCAAUCAUUGGCUGGAAAACAGUCCGGAUGUACCCCUUCCAGAUUCACAGCAUUGCCCUCUCUACUUUUGCCUCGCUCAUCGGCCCCUUCGGAGGGUUCUUCGCUAGUGGAUUCAAACGAGCCUUUAAAAUCAAAGACUUUGCCAAUACCAUUCCUGGCCAUGGAGGCAUCAUGGAUCGCUUUGACUGCCAGUAUCUGAUGGCCACCUUUGUCAACGUGUAUAUUGCUAGUUUUAUCAGGGGCCCAAACCCAAGUAAGCUGGUUCAGCAGUUCCUGACCUUGAGGCCAGAUCAGCAACUCCAUAUCUUCAACACGCUCAAGUCUCACCUGACCGACAAGGGGAUGCUGACAGCUGCCACAGAGGACAAGUAGGGGCCACCCAGGGCCAGGAGCAGAAGCAGGGCUGAGUGAGGGGCAGGGCUCCCAGGCAAGCCCAGCUGGACAAAGACAGGCUUCAACUCAUUUUUUUAAACCAGUGUUUCUAUUUGUGGAUUUAGAAAAAAAAUCUGUGUAUACAGUCCAUAUGCUUAUGAUUUGAGUUGUCAGUAACCUAUAGCUUUGAGUUGGAAAGAAGUCAGUUUUUGUUUUUAAAACCAAAGCUUUUAACAUCCUGGAAGACAGUGUUGCCCGGCUCUGGAGUGCCUGCUUGGUGCUUCUAGCUCCUAAGCUGGGGCUUCCAUUUCUGGGCCUGAUCAGAGUGGACACUCAUUUAUCUACGUUUGUCUAGUUUAGGCCCCCCACCACCGACUGUCUUUGUAGCUGACCCCCAGCAGGGAAGAGGUACACAGCUUGGAUGUCUUUACUACUGGAGUGCUUUUCCUGGGCUUCUCAAUAAUCCCUGCCUUGGAGCUACAGGAGGGUUGCCUUCUGAGGGAAGAAGGAUGAAGGCUUAUUAAUCAGAUAAGCAUUCUGUUCACGAAAUCCUGUGGACUGUGAGCUCUGCUUUUUGAUAUGGAUUUCACCUCACUUCAUCACAGACUGAAGAAGGUUUCAGUUUUAAUUUUUUUCAGAAGGCAUGAAAAAUUAUGAUAGUCUGGAAGAAAGCCACACUGUUCUAUUUCAAGUGUGUGCAGUAGGAUGCCGUAACUAGGUCUUUUCCCACAGGGUUUAGGCUCAAGUGGCUCCUAUAGGGCAGUUGGCUGACUGGGUCUUUUCAGGGAUGAUGCUGUUCACAUUUGUGCUAUAGACUUGUUGCUGCUGAAUCCUUUCUGGGGGCUUCCUCAUUAGGCAGGGAGCAGAGGGCUUCUUGUUCACACACCCAUGCCCUUGACCUGGCUGACCACCCAUGUAGCUGCUGUGUUGUAUAUAUUAAUAUAUAUAUAUGUAUAUAUAUUACUCUUAAGGCAAGUGUAUAUCUGUGUGUAUGCUUUAAAAAUCACUUAUUUCUUACAGUGAUUUCAGUUGUACCAUGACUUCUUCACUGAAACCACAAAGUCCUGCUUACAAGUCUGCAUAACCCAACCCAGAGGUUUGAAGCUUCUGAAGAUUAAAUGCGCACUUGUAUAAUGUGACCAGUUUAAAUGUAGUUUGUAUUUUACAGCGGGACCUUUUUCUUUUUAAAUUGUGAUUUAUUUAUUUUUUUUCCUUUUAAUUAGAAGAGUGAGGUUGACUUUUGGAAUAUACAUUCUUUGUCAGGAUAAUAAGCAAAGGGGUAGAGGAGAGAGAGAUUGGUGCCCAAAUGUGUUUCAUUAUUCUGUGCCAUGGUGGUUCUCAUUGCCAAACGGGGGUGUAACAGCUUGUUUCAGCACCUUGGGCUGGCGCUGCUUUUCUUUGUGUUUAUCACAACCUUACUGUAUCUGUGGACGCUCGUAGCUGGCCCAAAUCACUGAGGUGUCCAGCACAGGCCGGACCCCUCCCGAUGUCUCUGUUCACAGUCACUGUGUGACCUUCUACAUGCAGCAGCUUCUUUCUUCUGAACUUUUAUUUCCGUUUCAGUAAAUGGCUUUUCUUUUUUAAGUCUAAGGCCCCCUGAAUGUGUUUUCAGUGCUGGCCAUGUGACACUGGGCAGGACACAUCACUCUGCGGGUUCUCAUUUUCUGAGCUGUCGUCUAGUUCCCAUAUUCCAUGAUUCUGGCUGAGCAGGUGUACGUAUCAGAGUCUGCUUGCAGGUAUUGACUCAUGUCCUGGGCAUGCAAAAAUUAAGUGCUUGCAGGCCUUUUCUAAAUACUUUUCCUUAAAAUGCUUGUCCUCUGCAAUAAAUCUUAGAGUGGAGUAGAGUAAUGAAUCUCAUUUUCUGAAUGAAGAAUGAACUUGGAUCCCCCAACCAAAGAUAGAAUGGCACUUCAUCUGUCUCAUGGUGCCCCACUGUGAGCAUCUUAGGUGGGUCCUUGGGGACAGGAAAUCUCAGCUGGGACCUAGCAGCAGAGAGCCACCUUUGAAUAGGGCCACCUUUGGGAUCAGGGAGCCUGGCACAUACCUGUGGACAUGGCUGCUGAUGAGGGUUCCAGGAAAUGGCAGCUGGAAGCUCAACAGAGCUGCCAUCCAGAGAGCCCGAGGGUCAGCUAGGAUUUUGUUUUCUUCUGAUUUCCCACAUACUUUCUGGUGAAAUAGGGGAAUUUUGUAGGAAGUAGCCAGGAGACAGACACCAUCUUGUGUCUGUAUAGCACAUUGGUUUUCUUUCUCCCAUUUAUUGAAAAUCUUUCACUGAACAGACAAGUUUCCAGAGACUAUUGUAACACACAGCUGUGCACAUCUUAAUGAGUGGCAUAACUUGCUCUAGAUCCAUUUUUUUGUGUGUGUGAGAAAUAAAAUGUGACAAAUUGUA